AUGGGCUGCUUCACAAUUUCUCUACUCAUUCUUCUGAUUUCCUCGUCAUUCUCGCACGUCACAUCAAUAUUCCAUGUCGAAGGCAGAAAAUUACAAGAGGGGAAUGCAAGUUCAAGGACAGUGGAAGUAGAGAACAGGGCGUGGCGGGUUCGAAUCGGGUCGAGCCCACCUCGUUGCGAACGGAUAUGCGGGCCUUGCAGCAGGCCCUGUGGGGCUGUUCAAGUGCCCACCACAAACCCACGUAUUAAGGCCCAAAUCGAAAACUCGAGCUCCAGUGAUGAUAAUAGCAAUUAG